CUCAAUCUUAUCUCCAAACCUGAGAUAUAUUCUAUUAUAUAUCAUGGACAUUUUCUUAAAAACAAGUGGUCUCUAAUCUCUUUUGAAAUAUUCAAAAACUUUGAAGAUUUCUCUUGUGAAAUCAUGUGAAACCCGUGUAACCUGCCACUCCCUCAGCUUCGUGGAUUUCCUGUUAUCGGACUCACUGCCUUGGGCCUUGUGCUUUCAGUUUCACAUUACUCUACGUCCAUUAGAAGUUGCUUUACUUCUGAUUACUUGGUCUCUGAAGGAAAUCCAGAGAGCCACACAAUGGAAGGGCAACAUAAAAGUCCAACCAUCCAGUGAGAGACACAGAAAUCACAGAAAUCACUCCACUUAAACUGAGACAAGGGAACAUCCUGAACAUGACCUCAGAGAUGCACAUGCCAAACCCAGCAUGCCUCGUAGAGAACACUCAAAACCAACUGAUGGUCAAUCCAAAAGCUCUGGAGAUCCUGUCUGCCAUUACGCAGCCUGUGGUUGUGGUGGCUAUUGUGGGUCUCUACCGCACAGGCAAAUCCUACCUGAUGAACAAGCUGGCUGACAAGAAGAAGGGCUUCUCCCUGGGUUCCACAGUGCAAUCUCACACCAAAGGAAUCUGGAUGUGGUGUGUGCCUCAUCCCAAGAAGCCAGACCACACCCUGGUUCUUCUGGACACUGAGGGCUUAGGCGAUGUGGAGAAGGGUGACAACCAGAAUGACUCCUGGAUCUUCGCCCUGGCAAUCCUCCUGAGCAGCACCUUUGUGUACAAUAGCAUGGGCACCAUCAAUCAGCAGGCCAUGGACCAACUGUACUAUGUGACAGAACUGACAGAUCGGAUCAAGGCGAAAUCCUCACCUGAUGCCAACGAGGUUGAGGAUUCGGCUGACUUUGUGAGCUUUUUUCCAGACUUUGUGUGGACCCUGAGGGAUUUCUCCCUGGACUUGGAAGCAGAUGGACAACUCAUCACACCAGAUGAGUACCUGAAGAAUUCACUUAAGCUUAAGCAAGGUUCCAGUGAAAAAGAUAGAAAUUUUAAUCUGCCCCGACUCUGUAUCCGGAAGUUCUUCCCAAAGAAGAAAUGCUUUAUCUUUGAUCGGCCCACUCACCGGGAGAAACUAAAGCAGUUGGAGACGUUGCAUGAUGAUGAGCUGGACCCUGAAUUUGUGCAACAAACUUCAGUCUUCUGUGACUACAUCUUCAGCAAUUCUAAAACUAAAACAGUUUUGGGAGGCAUCCAGGUCAAUGGAACCCGUCUACAGAGCUUGGUGGUGACCUAUGUCGAUGCCAUCAGCAGUGGGAAGCUGCCCUGCAUGGAGAAUGCAGUCCUGGCCUUGGCCCAGAUAGAGAACUCAGCUGCAGUGCAAAAGGCCAUUGCCCGCUAUGAACAACUGAUGGAGCAGAAUGCGCACCUGCCCGCAGAAACCCUCCAGGAGCUGCUGUAUCUGCACAGGGCCUUUGCCAGAGAGGCCACUGAAGUCUUCAUGAAGAGUUCCUUCAAAGAUAUAGACCAUUUAUUUCAAAAGGAAUUAGUGGCUCAGCUAGAAAAAAAGCAGGAAGAUUUUUUUAAACAGAAUUUGAAAGUAUCAUCAGAUCGUUGUUCAGAUUUACUUAAGGAUAUUUUCACUCCUCUUGAAGAAGAUGUAAAACAGGGGAUAUAUUCUAAACCAGGGGGCUAUUGUCUCUACAUCCAGAAAAUACAAGAGCUGAAGAAAAAGUACUUUCAACAACCCUGGAAAGGGAUGCAGGCUGAAGAGAUUCUUCAGAAAUACUUGGCAUCCAUGGAAUCUGUGACUGAUGCCAUUCUACAGACAGACCAGAUGCUCACAAGAAAGGAAAAAGAAAUUAAAGUGGAACGUGUGAAAGCAGAAUCUGCUCAGGCUUCAGCAAAAAUGUUAGAGGAAAGGCUAACAAGGAAUCAACAGAUGAUGGAACAGAAAGAAAAGAGUUAUCAGGAACAUGUGAGACAAUUGACUGAGAAGAUGGAGAGGGACAGGGUCCAGCUGCUGGAAGAGCAAGAGAGGACUCUUGCCCUUAAACUUCAGGAACAGGCCCGACUAUUAAAGGAAAGAUUCUAUAAUGGAUCGAAAACUCUAAAUGAGAUACAGAAUCUCCAAAAGAGGAUGGAAAAACCAAAGAAGAGAUGUCUGUGAAGGUGAAGACCUGUACAAUAGCAUUCCUGGUCACUCUUAACUUAGGUAUAACUCAAGCACUUUUAUAAUAUUGGAAAAAUCACUACACUUGAUAUUAAUUAGAUCUUGUAUCUUUAUAAUACUUAAAAUUUAAAAAGGUAUUUAGUACUUUAAUUGAAAUCAUGUCCAUCCUCCUAAAAAAAAGUAUUAUAUAAAAAGGAGGCAUCUUAUCUCUGUGGCAACAUACCCAGAAUCAUGAGUUAGUUUUUGUCAUCUUCCACAUGACCACUGGCAGAAAACUAAAUAUUGAGCAAAGUCUUAUAUACUAUAUUGGGACAUAGUUGGGCCAUUAGUUUGGCCAAGUGGGUUUCAAUAUCAGAUACAACAUUGACUCUUUUUUAAUUUUAUUUUAUUUUUAUAUUGCCCUUACAAUUGCAACCCCCUUAUUUUGAACCCAAUCCCUCCUUUCCCCGCCCCCUACCCCCCAUAGAGUGUCUCUGGUUCAUAGUUGUUUGUUGAUUUUUAUACUUUCUUUCUUAUAGUUAUUCUUUUUCUUGGUCCCUUAUUUAAGUUUUCUAGAUUCCUGCUAUGAGUGAGACCAUCCAGUAUUUUUCUUUUUCUUUCUGGCUUAUUUCGCUGAGCAUGAUCCCUUCCACAACAUUGACUCUUAAGAAAGACAAUGUAGGGCCUCCCCAGUGGUGCAGUGGUUGAGCACUGGGCUGCGAAGUUGCCCGCUGCCUCUGCAGCACUAGUUUGAUCCCUGGCCGCUGGGUGAGGGUCCCACAUGGCGCACAGACCUCUCUUGCCACCCGCUGCUCCCCUCAGCAGUGUACUUCAUCAGUCUGCCUGCUCUGCUCUCCCCUCUGACUCUGGUGAAUUCUCUCACCCUCCCGCGCUUCUGACUGUACCCAGUGCUUGUAUAAAUCAAUCAAUCAAUCAAUCAAUCAAUCUUAAAAAAAAAAAAAGAAAGACAAUGUAGUUUUCCAUUGCAUCAAGACUGACAGCCUGUGAUAAAUGAUGGGAUUCCUGGGCAUCGGGAAUGACAAUCCUCUCUGGUGGAUUUCAAGCUAAAGUAAAUCAUCUGAUACAGAAAUCUAGAAUCUGCACAGAAUUACCAUAAGAAUAUAGGAGAAACCGUUAGUGUAACUAGCUGUUGGAUCAUUAACAAGUGGAAAUUUUCCCAUCUUGCUCACCCAGAUUAUAAUUUUAAAAGGACACUAGAACUUUAGAUAAUUCACACUGCACUAAACAUAUUAAUAUGAUGACAAUUACGCAUUUGUAGCAACAUAUCAUUCAGAGAUGGAACUUCAAUGAUGAUAAUGUGUUAGAAACCUGAGCUAAAUUAGUAGAUCAUAUAUAAUCCUUAAAGCUUAGGCUGUCUUCUCCCACUUGUUUUUUAUUGAAGUAGCAUAGAAUUAUAACAUUGCUUAAGUUUCAAGUACGCAUCAUUAAAACACUAACAUACAUAUAUACUGCACUAAGUUUACUAUUAAAAGCCCAAUUCUAUCCUUUGCCGUAAAACUGAUUCCUUUGGCACUAUUUGCCCCUCAGAUACCUCUUUCCCCUCAGUCAUACUUGAGAUUCUGUUGAUUUUCCCAAGAGAAUACAGACUUUUUUUGACAUGUUGAUCAAUAAAAUAAUGCUCUUAGUGUGACUAUAUGUAGAAUUCAUCCUAAUUAUCAAAAGCCUUUGGUAAGUGGUUGGUAUUUCUGAAAGCAAUUAAGAGUAAUUUUCAAGUUACAAAUAUAUUUCACUGGACUUUAGAUUUCUGAAGAGUUCAUUUAGGUUUUUCACCAAAAAGUAAGGUUUUAGUCUUCAUAGCAAUGGUGGAUAACUUUUCAGUAAAAGACUAGACAGUAAUUAUUCACGAGUUUGUGACUUAUAGUCUGUCUCAACUUUUAAAUCUGCCAGGGUGACAGCAGUCCUAGGUACAGACAUAAAUGAAUGGCCAUACCAGUGUUCCAAUAAUAGGUGGUGCCCACAGACAUAGUUUACAAACUCUUACUGCAUAGACAUAUUGGUCAAAUUCUUAUAUAUUUGCCUUAGUUGCUUACAUUUAUAAGGAAUAUAUGGAUUUGCUUGUAUAUGUUAAGAUCUUGAAAAUAUUUGGUGAUAGGAAUUUUACAGGGAUUACACCUGAGAGGAGAAAGCAAACAUUGUACAAAAAUGAAAAAUGAUGUAAACAAUGAUGUAAUAUAUAUGUAUAUAUAUAUAAAUAAAUAUUAAAGAAAUUAUUACAUGAUGGAAGAAAAGAAAUUACAUGAUGGGAGAAAAGCAGAGAAGCAGCUGAUGCCAUUAAAUCCAUAUUAAUAAUCUGAUUGCAUUUGGGCAAUAAAAAUUUGGGAAUAAAAAUUCAUUUGAAUACCCCACACCCUCCCAUCGAAGGUAGAAUGUGUCCUUCCACUGCUAAGUGGUGUUUCCUCACUUAAACUGCAACUUCAUAGGGAAUUAGAUGAGACCCACAAGAUGCUAGAUGGAAUGUUUAUGUCUGUAUGCUUUGUAUUUUCUUUUCCAAGCUGUAUUGUCAUUAAAGAAUAAGUAAAAUACAU